GGAGGUUGGUGAGGAUGUCCUCACUUCUCCUUUGGAGUUUAGCUAUUUUAUUGACAUUUGCUGAAUUAGAUGGUGAAGUUGGAGGCCAUGACCUGCAGAGACAAAAAAGAAAUACUGACCUUCAACAACCAAGGAUGAUUACAGAGAGGGGAAACUUAGUGUUUCUUACUGGGUCUGCUCAAAACAUUGAAUUUAAAACUGGAUCUCUGGGGAAAAUUAAAUUAAAUGAUGAAGAUCUUGAUGUCUAUUUGCAUCAGAUCCAGAAAAACAAAGAUGAUAUUACAGAUUUAAAAAGGAGUGCAGUUGGUCUGCCUCUAAAUAUUUCUAAUCAAAUCCAUCAGCUUAAUUCCAAGAUUGUGGAUCUGGAGAGAAAAUUUCAAAGCUUACAGCAGAUAAUUGACAAGAGGGUUUGCAACAGUAAUCCCUGCCAAAAUGGUGGGACCUGCCUCAACCUUCAUGACUCCUUUUAUUGCAUUUGCCCUUCCCAGUGGAAGGGUCCUCUGUGCUCAGUGGAUGUUAAUGAAUGUGAGAUUUACUCUGGAACACCUUUAGGCUGCCAGAAUGGAGCCACGUGUAUAAACUCAGCAGGGAGUUACAGUUGCAGCUGUUCUGCCGAGACUUAUGGUCCCCAGUGUGCAUCCAAAUACAAUGACUGUGAAAGGGGCUCCAAGGAACUCUGCACCCAUGGCAUCUGUGAGGAUCUGGUCCGCACACAGGCUGGAGAGCCCAAGUUCAGCUGCAUCUGUGAUGCUGGGUGGGCACCCCAGUCCCUGGCAAACAAUCCGGCCUGCACUCAGGACAUAGAUGAGUGCAGCCUCCCAUCUGCACCUUGCUCAGAACAUGUGCAGUGUUUCAACACUCCAGGGUCCUUCUAUUGUGGGGCUUGUCCGACAGGCUGGCAAGGAAAUGGAUACCAUUGUGAAGACAUCAAUGAGUGUGAAAUAAACAAUGGUGGCUGUUCUGAGGCUCCACCUGUUGCAUGUGUGAACACGGUUGGAUCUCACCACUGUGGAGCCUGCCCACCAGGGUACCAGGGCAAUGGAAGAGUGUGCACACUCAUCGACAUCUGCUCAGUCAAUAAUGGAGGCUGCCACCCACAAGCAUCAUGUUCUUCAGCUCUGGGUUCCUUGCCUCUUUGUACCUGUCCCCCAGGAUAUACUGGAAAUGGUUAUGGAUCAAAUGGAUGUGCACAACUCAGUAAUAUUUGCUCAAGUCACCCCUGCUUGCAUGGGCAGUGCACCGAUACAGUGUCUGGUUAUCUUUGUAAGUGUGAAUCAGGUUGGGCUGGAAUCAACUGUACAGAGAACAUCAAUGAGUGUCUGAGUAGCCCCUGUCAGAAUGGGGGUACUUGUGUUGACAGCGUUGAUGGUUUUAAUUGUGAAUGCACUCGUUUCUGGACUGGAAUUUUCUGCCAGACUCCCCAGCAAGUUUGUGGAGGUUCUCUCUCAGGGAUGAAUGGGAGUUUCAGCUACAAGAGCCCUAAUGUUGGUUUCGUUCAUAAUGUUAAUUGCUUCUGGGUUAUCCGAACCGAAGAGGGAAAGGUGCUGCGUAUUAUUUUCACUUUUUUGCAAUUAGAAUCAGUGAACAAUUGUCCACAUGAGUUUCUUCAGAUUCACGACGGAGACUCCUCUGCAGCAUUACAACUUGGAAGAUUCUGUGGCUCCACACCUCCUCCUGAACUCCACAGCAGUGACAGUGCUCUUUAUUUUCACUUCUAUUCUGACCAUCUAAGAAGUGAGAGAGGCUUUGAAAUAAGAUGGGAAUCACAGCAACCAGAGUGUGGAGGUAUACUGACUGGUACUUAUGGUUCUAUUAAGUCUCCGGGAUACCCUGGGAAGUAUCCUCCAGGAAGAGAUUGUGUCUGGAAAGUUCUAACCAGUCCUGACCUUCUUAUAACAUUUACUUUUGGGACCUUGAGUCUGGAGCACCAUGAAGAUUGCAGUAAAGAUUAUCUUGAGAUUCGAGAUGGUCCUUUGCAUCAGGACCCAAUUCUUGGGAAAUUCUGCACCACUCUCUCUGUCCCACCACUCCAGACCACAGGUCCCUUUGCCAGACUGCAUUUCCAUUCUGACAACCAGAUUAAUGAUCAAGGCUUCCAUAUCAGCUACUUGACAUCACCUUUGGAUCUGCAUUGUGGAGGGAACCACACAAACCCAGAGGGCCUCAUUGCUCUGGACUUGACUGGACCUUUCACUAAAAUUAGACAAUGCAUAUAUAUUAUAACGCAACCCUUGGGAGAACGAAUACAGGUCAACUUCACCCACGUGAAACUGGAAAGUCAGAGUGGCAUUUCUCAGAGUUACAUUGAGGUUCGAGAUGAUCAAACCUUACUUGGAAAAGUUGGUGGCAAUGAAACCAUCUCUCCCAUUAAAUCCAUUACUAAUAGUAUCUGGAUAAGGCUUAGAAUAGAUGCUUCUGUUGUGAAAGCUAGUUUCAGAGCUGUUUACCAAGUCGCUUGUGGGGGUGAAUUAACUGGAGAAGGAGUCAUUCACUCACCUUUUUAUCCUAAUGUGUAUCCGGGGGAAAGGAUCUGUAGGUGGACUAUUUCCCAACCCCAAAGUCAAGUCAUUAUUCUCAACUUCACUGGCUUUGAAAUUGGAAGUUCUGCCCACUGCAAUACAGAUUAUAUUGAGAUCGGUAGCAGUUCUGUCUUGGGUUCUCCUGAGAAUAACAAGUACUGUGGCACAGAUAUUCCCUCACUGAUAACGUCUGUUUACAAUGUUCUCCAUGUCAUAUUUGUGAAAAGUUCUUCUACUGAAAAUCGUGGUUUCAUGGCUAAGUUCAGUACAACAAAUUUGGCAUGUGGAAAAGUCUUUACACAGCCUAAAGGAACCAUUCAAAGUCCUGGCCACCCAAAUAUUUACCCACAUGGAGUCAACUGUACCUGGCAUAUAUUCGUGCAGUCAGGCUACCUGAUUCAUUUGACCUUUGAGCAGUUUCAUCUGGAGUUUCAUUACAAUUGUACAAGUGACUAUCUGGAAGUCUAUGACAAUGAAUUUUCUGAGACAUCUCUGGGAAGAUAUUGUGGCCGUUCAUACCCACCCUCUCUUACCAGCAAUUCCAACUCUUUAAUGCUGGUAUUUGUUGCUGACUCUCACCUCGCUUACGAGGGCUUUUUAAUAAACUAUGAGGCAAUGAAUGCAUCAUCAGUGUGCUUGAAAGACUUUACAGAUGGAUCUGGGACAUUCUUUUCUCCAAACUUUCCUAGUAAUUAUCCCAAGAACUUGAAUUGCAUUUAUAGGAUCACUGUGGAAACCAGCCAACAAAUUGCACUGCAUUUUACAAACUUCUCCUUAGAGGCGCCCAUUGGAGGAAAAUGUAUAGCAGACUUUGUGGAAAUUAGAGAUGGAGGCUAUGAAAAUUCGCCACUACUGGAUCGAUACUGUGGUUCAAAUCGACCUCCAAGAAUCAUCUCUCACAGUAAUAAACUAUGGGUGAAAUUUGAAAGUGAUGGAUUUGAAUCAAGCUCUGGAUUCUUAGCUUACUGGGAUGGGUCGUUAACAGGUUGUGGGGGCAAUCUCACCACUCCCACGGGUACAUUCACCUCUCCCAACUACCCCAUGCCCUACUACCACAGUUCUGAAUGCUUCUGGUGGUUGAAAUCCAGCCAUGGCAGCCCAUUUGAACUGGAAUUUAAAGACUUUCACCUGGAAUAUCAUCCAAACUGCACUUUGGAUUAUCUGGCUGUAUAUGAUGGUCCAAGUACUAGCUCUCAUCUACUAACUCAGCUUUGUGGGAAUGAGAAGCCACCUCUCAUCCACUCAAGUGGAGACAGCAUGUAUUUAAAACUAAGGACAAAUGAAGGUCAACAAGGAGGUGGUUUCCUGGCAGAAUACAGGCAGACAUGUGAAAAUGUCGUGAUUAUGAAUAAAACCUAUGGCAUUUUGGAGAGUAUACAUUAUCCAAAGCCCUAUUCUAACAAUGAACGUUGCAACUGGACCAUCCAAGCAACAAAUGGCAACACUGUGAAUUAUACAUUUUUAGCUUUUGAAUUGGAGUAUCACAUAAACUGCUCCACAGACUAUUUAGAGCUUUAUGAUGGCCCCCAGAGGAUUGGGCGCUACUGUGGAACAGAGGUACCUCCUUUAGGGAGCACCACAGGCUCCAGGCUCCAUGUGCUGUUCCAUACUGAUGGUGUUGGCCACCAGGAGAAAGGCUUUCAGAUGCAGUGGUUCGUUCAAGGCUGUGGUGGGGAAUUGUCUGGGGCCACAGGCUCCUUCAGCAGCCCCGGAUAUCCUAACUCAUAUCCUCCCAACAAGGAGUGCAUCUGGUACAUUCACACAGCCCCUGGGAGCAGCAUUCAGCUCACCAUCCAUGACUUUGAUGUGGAGUAUCACUCAACCUGCAAUUAUGAUGCCCUGGAGGUCUAUGGAGGCCCUGAUUUUCACUCUCCAAGACUAGCUCAGCUGUGUACCCAUAGAUCAUCUGAAAACCCCAUGCAGGUCUCCAGCACUGGGAAUGAGCUAGCAAUUCGAUUCAAGACUGACACAUCCAUAAACAGGAGAGGCUUUAAUGUCUCCUGGCAAGAAGUUCCUGGAGGUUGUGGUGGAAUUUUCCAAGCUCCCAGUGGAGAGAUUCACUCUCCAAAUUAUCCCAGUCCUUACAGGAGUAAUACUGAAUGUUCCUGGAUAAUUCAGGUAGAAAAAAAGCAUCAUGUCCUUUUGAACUUCACCGAUUUUGACCUUGAGCCUCAGGACUCCUGUAUUGCAGCGUACGAUGGCUUGAGCUCUGCAAUGACCCGCCUGGUCAGUGUGUGUGGAAGACAGCAGCUGACUAACCCCAUCUCUUCUUCAGGAAACAACCUCUUUGUGAGGUUCCAGUCUGGCCCUUCCAGACAGAGCAGGGGCUUCCGAGCUCGCUUCCAGCAAGCCUGUGGAGGCUACAUCCUCGUCAAUUCUGUUGAUACCAUAUCCUCUCCAUUUUUCCCUGCCAACUAUCCAAACAAUCAGAACUGCACCUGGAUAAUUCAAGCACAAUCACCAUUCAAUCACAUCACUCUCUCCUUUACUCGGUUUGCGCUGGAAAGCAGCACAAUGUGUACACUAGACUUUUUAGAAAUUCUGGAUGGUGAUGAUGAUGACGCACCCCUCAGAGGUCGUUAUUGUGGCACCUCCAUGCCCCAUCCCAUCACUUCCUUCAGCAAUGCUCUGACUCUGAGGUUCAUCUCUAACUCAUUAAGAAAUUAUGAAGGUUUCCAUGCCACUUUUACUGCAACAUCAUCAACUUGUGGUGGAAACUUCUACAUGAUGGAAGGCACCUUCAGUAGCCCUGGCUACCCAGAAGUUUAUCCCUCAAAUGUGGAAUGUGUCUGGAACAUUGUCAGUUCCCCUGGCAACCGGCUCCAGCUGUCUUUCAUAACUUUCCACUUGGAGGAGUCUCAGGACUGUAGCAAAGAUUUUGUGGAGAUCCGGGAAGGAAAUGCCACAGGUCACUUGGUGGGACGGUACUGCGGAACCAUCAUCCCCCUCAAUUACUCAUCCAUUGUUGGGCAUAUACUGUGGAUCCGUUUUGUCUCUGAUGGUUCAGGUGGUGGCAUAGGUUUCCAGGUUACAUUUACUAACAUAUUUGGCAAUGAUAAUAUUGUGGGAAUUCAUGGGAAAAUUGCCUCUCCCUUCUGGCCUGGAAAUUACCCCCACAAUUCAAAUUACCACUGGACAGUAAAUGUGAAUGCCUCUCAAGUCAUCCUUGGUAGAAUCUUGGAGAUGGACAUUGAAGCGACACAUCAAUGCUACUAUGACAAAUUAAGGAUUUACGAUGGACCUAGCAUCCAUUUCCGCCUAAUUGGAAGUUACUGUGGUAUCCAGACUGAAUCUUUUAGCUCCUCUAGAAAUACAAUAACAUUUCAGUUUAUUUCUGACUCUUCAGUCUCAGGGAAAGGGUUUCUUCUGGAGUGGUUUGCUAUCAGUGCCUUUGAUGGACCUUUACCAACCAUUGCUACAGGUGCUUGUGGUGGGGUUCUGAGGACAGGAGAUGCACCCAUCUUCCUCUUCUCCCCACACUGGCCUGAAAGAUACCAUAAUAAUGCUGACUGCUCAUGGCUUAUCCAUGCUCCUGAUUCGACUGUAGAACUCAACAUCCUUUCCAUGGACAUUGAAUCUCAUAAAACAUGUGAAUAUGAUAAACUUGUGAUAAUUGAUGGAGACAACAUUUUGGCCCCACAGCUAGCAGUUCUCUGUGGCAGAGACAUUCCUGGACCCAUCAGGUCUACUGGAGAAUACAUGCUGAUUCGAUUCACCUCGGACUCCAGCGUAGCCAGGGCGGGCUUUAAUGCAUCCUUUCACAAAAGUUGUGGUGGAUAUUUGCAUGCAAACAGAGGGAUUAUUACAUCACCCAAUUAUCCAGAGACCUACCUUCCCAGCCUCAACUGCUCUUGGCAUGUCCUGGUUCAGAGUGGUCUGACCAUCGCUGUCCACUUUGAACAACCCUUCCAAAUUCCAAAUGCAGACUCUUUGUGCAACCAAGGAGAUUAUUUGGUGCUGAAAAAUGGACCUGACAGCUCUUCUCCACCCAUGGGGCCCCAUGGGGGAAAUGGUCACUUUUGUGGCAGUCGUCCUUCAUCCACCUUGUUCACCUCAGAUAAUCAAAUGUUCGUUCAGUUUAUUUCUGAUGACAGUAAUGGAGGGCAAGGAUUUAAAAUCCAAUAUGAGGCAAAGAGCUUAGCUUGUGGAGGCAUUAUCUAUAUCCAUGAUGUAGAUUCUGCUGGCUAUGUGACCUCCCCCAACCACCCUGACAAUUACCCCCAACAUGCUGAUUGCAUUUGGCUCAUCACUGCUCCUCCUGGGAAGCUCAUAAGACUGCAUUUUGAAGAGGAAUUCAAUAUUGAAGCAACACCCAACUGUACAUCUAGUUAUCUUGAGUUGAGAGAUGGAGUUGAUUCCGAUGCUCCAAUACUUUCUAAAUUUUGUGGGAGAUCUUUGCCAAGGACUCAACUGUCUUCUGGAGAGGCGAUGUAUUUGAGAUUCCUGUCUAGCAACAGUUCCACUCAUGUGGGAUUUAAGGCCAAGUAUUCUAUAGCUCAGUGUGGGGGAACUGUGACUGGGCAAAGUGGUGCCAUUGAGAGCAUCGGAUACCCAACACUUCCAUAUACAGACAGUUUACUUUGUGAGUGGUAUCUCCAGGGCCCCUCAGGGCAUUAUCUCACCCUCCACUUUGAAGACUUUAACCUUCAGAGCUCCUCUGGCUGUGAAAAAGACUUUGUGGAGAUCUGGGAAAACCAUGCCUCUGGAAAUUUACUGGGCAAAUACUGUGGUAACACCAUUCCAGAGAGAAUAGACACUUCUAGUAAUGUGGCUUUGGUCAGAUUUGUCACGGAUGAUUCAAUUUCUGCCUCAGGAUUCAGGCUGCAAUUUGAAUCCAGCUUGGAAGAGUGUGGUGGGGAUCUCCAGGGCCUGAUUGGAACAUUUACUUCUCCCAACUAUCCAAACCCAAAUCCCCAUGGCCGGAUCUGUGAGUGGAGAAUUACUGUGCAGGAGGGCAGACGGGUCACCCUAACGUUCAACAACCUGAGGCUGGAUGCUCAACCAUCCUGUAACAGUGAACGUGUGACAGUGUUCAAUGGCAUUAGAAACAACUCACCCCAGCUAGAGGAACUGUGCAGUAAUGUGAAUGUAAACAACGAGAUCACAUCUUCAGGGAACACAAUGAAAGUUGUUUUCUUCACUGAUGGGUCCAGGCCUUAUGGAGGUUUCACUGCCUCCUACACGUCCAGUGAAGAUGCAGUGUGUGGCGGGCCCCUUACAAGUUUCCCUGAAGGAAACUUUACUUCUCCUGGAUAUGAUGGAGUCAGUAAUUAUUCAAGAAACCUAAACUGUGAAUGGACUCUCACCAACCCUAAUCAGGGAAAUUCAUCCAUUUACAUCCAUUUUGAGACUUUUUACCUAGAAAGUCACCAGGACUGCCAAUUUGAUGUCCUCGAGUUCCGAGUGGGUAAUGCUGAAGGACCUCUGAUAUGGAGACUCUGUGGACCUUCAAAACCUUCAGUACCUUUGGUGAUACCUUAUCCUCAGGUUUGGGUCCACUUUGUCACCAAUGAACAUGCAGAACACAUUGGGUUCCAUGCAGAGUAUUUCUUUACAGAUUGUGGUGGGAUACAGAUAGGGGAGAAUGGAGUGAUCACAAGUCCCAACUAUCCAGCCUCUUAUGACAGCUUGACCCAUUGUUCUUGGUUGCUGGAAGCCCCCCAAGGCCACACCAUCACUCUUACAUUUAGUGACUUUGAUCUUGAAGCCCAUGCAACUUGCUCUUGGGACUCUGUCACUGUCAGGAAUGGUGGCUCUCCUGGAUCUCCCAUCAUAGGACAAUACUGUGGAGGUUCCAACCCCAACCCAAUCCAGUCUGGUUCCAACCAGCUGGUGGUGAUUUUCAACUCAGACCACUCAGUGCAAAGUGGUGGAUUCUAUGCUACAUGGAGUACACAGACUCUAGGCUGUGGAGGAAUACUUCACUCAGACAAUGGCACAAUCAAGUCCCCUCACUGGCCCCAGACCUUUCCCGAAAACAGCAGGUGUUCCUGGACAGUCAUUACUCACGAAAGCAAACACCUGGAGAUCAGCUUUGACGGUAACUUCCGCAUCCCCAGUGGUGAUGGACAGUGUCGGGACAGCUUCGUGAAGGUGUGGGCAGGAACUGAGGAGGCUGACAGAGCCCUGUUGGCUUCAAGUUGUGGAAAUGUGGCCCCGAGUACCAUCAUCACUCCGAGAAAUGCUUUCACUGCUGUGUUCCAAUCCCAGGAAGCACCAGCUCAGGGCUUCUCUGCAUCCUUUGUAAGCCGAUGUGGAUGUAAUUUCACUGACACUUCAGGUUACAUUGUUUCUCCAAACUACCCAAAGAAAUAUGACAACAGUAUGAACUGUACAUAUAUCAUAGAGGCUGACACCGAGUCUCUGAUCUUCUUGGAUUUUGUCUCAUUCCAUUUGGAAGCUCGCUCAGCCAUUACUGGAGGUUGCGAUAAUGAUGGUCUGCAUAUCAUCCGGGGCUACAGCUUCACUGCUCCACUUUUUGCCACUGUGUGUGGAGAUGAGACCCUGUCCACUAUCACCCUCUCCGGUCCAGUUCUCCUUAACUUCUACUCCAACGCACACACCACAGACUUUGGAUUCAAGAUUUUCUAUAGGAAAACCUCCUGUGGUGGUGUCUUCAACUUCUCCAUGGGAGUCCUCAAGAGCCCUGCCUACUCAUAUUCAAAUUACCCUAACGACAUGUACUGCUUGUACAACAUCACCGUGAGACAAGACAGAGUGAUUCAACUCAAGUUCAGUGACUUUGAUGUGGCUCCCUCCGCCCUCUGCUCCCAGGACUACUUGGCAAUUUAUGAUGGUUCAAACAUAAGCAGCCCCCUUCUGGGCAAGUUCUGUGGCUCCAUGCUUCCAUCAACUAUUAAGAGCAGCAAAAAUAAUUUGCUCGUGGUAUUUAAGACAGAUUCAUUUCAAACAGCAAGAGGAUGGAAGAUAACUUUCCAGCAGACACUGGGGCCUCAGCAAGGAUGUGGUGGUUACCUCAGAGCUACAAGUCACACCUUUGCCUCUCCUGAUGCUGAUCAGAAUGGAAGAUAUGACAAGAACCUGGAUUGCAUAUGGUUCAUAAUAGCACCUGUAGGCAAGAUAAUUAAGCUCACCUUCAAUACAUUUGCUCUGGAGGCAGCAACCACCUUGCAAAGGUGCCUGUAUGAUUAUGUAAAGUUGUAUGAUGGGGAUAGCAAAAACUCCAACCUGGCUGGGACAUUCUGUGGGUCCAUUGUACCUGCCCCCUUUUUCUCUUCUGGUAACUUCCUAACAGUGCAAUUUGUCAGUGACCUGACUCUAGAAAGGGAAGGAUUUAACGCUACCUACACCAUCAUGGACAUGCCUUGUGGUGGAACAUACAAUGCAACUUGGACCCCACAGAGAGUUUCUUCACCCAACUCAUCAAACCCAGAUCUCCUGCUUUCCAUUUGUACUUGGGUGCUCGAAGCUCCUCCACAUCAGCAGGUGGAGAUUACUGUGUGGGCAUUGCAGCUGCCCUCCCAAGACUGCAGCCAGAAUUACUUAGUAUUUCAGGACUCACCAGAGAGUAAUGAAAAUUCAAGAAUCCAGGUCUGUGGCAGUAACACUUCAGCAAUGCCAAGGUUUUAUUCUUCUCUGCGUACAGCAGUUGUAAUUUUCAAGUCUGAAGUUUUAAAUGAAAACUACAAUGUAGGUUUUACCUAUCAGAUUGCAGGUUGCAACAGAGAAUAUACGAAAGCAUUUGGCAACCUGAAGAGUCCCGGAUGGCCAGACAAUUACAACAGUGACAUGGAUUGUACAACUCUCCUCACUGCUCCCCAGAACCACACCAUCUCCCUCUUCUUCCAUUCCUUUGGCAUCGAGGACUCCAGCGAAUGCAGACAUGAUUUCUUAGAGGUUAGAAAUGGAAGCAAUAGCAAUUCACCAUUGCUUGGUACAUAUUGUGGAACCCUGCUGCCAAAUCCCAUCUUCUCUCAAAACCAUGAACUCUACCUGCGAUUUAAGAGUGACGGUGCAAUCUCCAGCCAGGGGUAUGAAAUUAUCUGGACCUCAUCAUCAUCAGGCUGUGGUGGGACACUCUAUGGAGACAGCGGCUCAGUCACCAGCCCUGGGUACCCAGACACUUACCCUAACCACACUCACUGCGAGUGGACCAUCCUUGCUCCCGCGGGAAGGCCUGUCACUGUCAGCUUUUACUUUGUCAGCAUUGAUGACCAGGGAGACUGUGUCCAGAACUACCUCCUUCUGUAUGAUGGGCCAGAUGCCAGUUCUCCAUCCUCUGGGCCUUACUGUGGAGCAGACACUAACAUCGCUCCUUUCGUGGCCUCUUCCAACCGAGUCUUCAUUAAGCUUCACACAGAGAACACAACUCAAGCGUCAGCUGUCAGGCUGACUUGGGACAGCUGAGUGGGGGCCUGGACCCCAGCACUGGCUCCUCUGCAGUCAAGAGCAGACAGAAUGGGGCUGGGUCAGGCCAUUCUCACACAUGACCCCCUACCUGUGCACCUGAGGACCAUCAACUAUUAUGCUUUUCACAAAGAACAUAUGGGAUUGGUACUUAUACAUUUUUAGUGUAGACUCAACUGAAAUGUCCUGGAGUUGAAAAUGAUUCUGGAAUAUGUGAUGUACAUUUCCAAACAUUAAUGAGAACAUGAAAGAAUGAUUUUCACUGUGAAUUUCAGGGUAAUAAAUAUUAUUUAGUUGUA